UGGGUCUAACAUGUCCCUUUGUCCGAGACGUGGAGAGAGACAGUCUGUUUGGUACUGUAGUUUCUUUGUCCGCUUCCUUAGCUUCUCCCCCAGCCCAAACAAGUGACAACCAUUCCUCCACUGUUUCUUUCUUUCUUUUCACUCUCACUUGUGCUGCCCCUGCCUGCAAUGCAAUGAACUCAUGCUGUGCAAACGCCUCCUAGAUUCUCCCUCCUCUCAACAAUGGAUUUCGGGUUAAUGACGGCCCGGCAACAGUCUGAUGAACCCCCAGGCGGCCAUGGAUCUGAAAGACCCGCACCGCCUUCUAAAGUUCCCAGCUUUUUAUGGAGAUCUGCGGACAGCGUGCCUGGAAAACUCACCAUGCUUAGUUUCUCCUCCAAGUCUGAAGAAAUCCCCUUUCUUUCUUCUGCGCCUGCUGGGGAAGAUUCAUCUAAAACCAUUUGUUUCCCGCUUUUCCAGUCCCACCAGAAACGCGGUCCCCAUUCUGCCGCCGCUUCUUCAGCUUAUGCGAUUGGAGGUUUGAAUGAAAGCUUAAGGGGGGGUUCUGCUCGGAUCAGUGGACCAUUCACUCCAUCACAGUGGAUGGAACUGGAACAUCAGGCCUUGAUCUACAAGCACAUGGUGGCGAAUGUUCCAAUUCCUUCUAAUCUCCUCAUUCCCCUCAUGAAAUCGCUAAACCCCUAUGCGUUUUCUGGCUUAUCCCCUGGAUCUUACGCCCCCAAUUGGGGGUGGGGUGCAUUCCAUCUCGGUUUUUCUGCAAACACUGACCCCGAACCCGGGAGGUGUCGUCGAACUGAUGGAAAAAAAUGGCGGUGCUCGAGAGAUGCUGUUCCCGAUCAGAAGUACUGUGAAAGGCACAUCAACAGAGGCCGCCAUCGUUCAAGAAAGCCUGUGGAAGGCCAGACUGGCCAUGCUGUAUCGGGAUCCACCACUUCAAAGGUAUCCCCAAUCGCUUCCUCCUCUGCAUCAGCAGCAUCGGUGAUAUCCUGUGAUGGCACGUCCAACAGCUUCGGUGCCAUGAAGCACCAGUUCAAUAACAGUAAGCCUAGCCCUGCAAAUCCUUCCACUGACCAUCUCAUAAACAACAGAACGCAAGACCACUCUGUGAUAUCUCCAAGCUUCGUCAAUUUGAAGUCCAAAGACUCGACAAUGUCCAUCCAGAAGCAACACAACCCUUACAAAGAAUCCUCCCAGCAGUUGGGUUUUGGAUUUCCAUCCUCAGAUUCUGUUCCAAAUCCUCUGCAAAGAAGGCCCUUUGUGAAUUGCCAUAACUCCGAUACCCUUCUUGAUUUCACCGGCCAAGCGUCCCAUGAACAGCAUCUAGUACACCAUUUCAUGGACGGCUGGACCAAGGAACAGUCUACCUGCGCUCACGCCUCCUGGCCAACGGAGCUGAAAUCAGACUGGACUCAGCUCUCGAUGUCAAUCCCCAUGGCUUCCUCCGAUUUCUCAUCAUCCUCAAGCUCUCCCCGGCAACAGAAACCCACCAUUUCACCCCUGAGGCUAUCACGCGAGCUUGAACCAUUCCAAAUGGGAUUAGGAGUGAGCAAUGGCAUUGCUUCCCCAAUUCCAGUAGCCUGGGGGAACUCGAUGGGCGGUCCAUUAGGCGAGGUCCUAAACAACACCUAUACUAGCACGGGAGCCGGGAAAACCUCUCCUAAUCUGAACCUAACCACAGAAAUGUGGAGCAUGGGGUCGUCCCCCACAGGCGUCCUGCAGAAAUCGUCCUUCGUCUCGCUCUCAAACAGCAGCACAGCAAGUAGUCCCAAGAAGGUUGAGAGUGGUAGAAUGUGCAAUGACAUGGUUGGUUCAACUGUCAUAAGUUCUUUGUCUAUUCCAUCACUGUGAAGAAACCAAUCUGGAGAGGUUGAAGUUGAUAACUAGUAAUAUUGACAUUAUUACUAUUCCUGCUGUUUUACUACAUUAACAUUGCUUGCCACUUUGUGUAGUUGUCGUUGUAGCUUCUUAAAAUAAUGUUGAAUAUUCCUAUAUGUUUUAUCAGACCUCGUAUUUGUUUUUAUCA